CCCAGGAACAACAUUUGUUCAAAGCUCCUCAAACAAGCAGAAAUAAUCUUAAAUCGUCCUGAAAUGAACAUGAGAGUUUUCUACAAGAGUCUGUUGUCUUUACUGGGCUUUUUCUCGGUUCAGAUGAAAGCAGAAACAGAAGUGAAUGUAGCAAGUUGGGGAACAGCCGUUCAGUCGACAACAUAUAGCAUCUUUGCUAACUGGAAUGCCCAAAAUGCUGUGGAUGGGUCGAGCUCCUACUGUUCUCGUACAAAUGAACAAAGUGACCCGUGGUGGAAGCUGGAUCUGAAGAAGACGUACACUGUGAACAGAGUGACCAUCACUAACAGAAUCUGUCCAACAGUAAACUGUGAAAUCUGGAUAAACGGGGCAGUGAUUCGGAUUGGAAACGAUUCUUCAGUUUUAGACAACCCAGUAUGUGCUACAGUUUCCUCUAUUCCAGGAGGAGCAACCAAUAGCUUCUCGUGUCCUGGGAUGAAGGGACGCUAUGUGACUGUGAAUAUUCCUGGAAAUUCAAAGAUUCUUACCUUCUGUGAAGUGGGAGUCUAUGUGAAUUAUCCAGAUAAUCUGGCAACAGGAAGAACUGCCAUACAGUCGUCAACCUAUGGCGUCUGGUUUGCUCAACGUGCCAUUGAUUUCAAUCCUGGUUUCACAAAUUCAUGGAAAGAGUGUUCUUCAACCACUUCUCAGAAUAAGCCAUGGUGGAGGGUGGAUCUGGGUUAUGUUUAUAGAGUAAGUACAGUUGUCAUCACAAACAGACUAGACUGCUGUCCAGACAGAAUAAACGGAGCGGAGAUUCGCAUCGGAAACUCUUUAGAGAACAACGGCAACAACAAUCCCACAUGCACUGUGAUUUCUAGCAUUCCAGCUGGUGUUUCCUCCACUUACACAUGUAACAAUAUGGAGGGUCGAUACGUGAAUCUGUUCAUUCCUGAAGAUUCAAGGACGCUUACUCUGUGUGAGGUGGAGGUCUAUGGAGAAGGUCCUGUUUCCCAAGAAGACUCCUGUGAAGAUGAGACUUAAUUUUGAGUCUGUCUGAAUAUCCAGCUCCUGUCACAGGUGAGAGAGGAAAACGUUCAGAAAUCUGAAUCAAGUUUUAAGAUAUCUGCAUUUUGUCUUCAGUGUGCUCUGGCAGAACGAGGGAUUUCUGACGUG